AUGUUUGAACGAGAUCUAGCCGCUGCCAGAGGCCACCGAGUUGCUGUUGAAGUGGUUGCCCCUGAUGAAGAACCAAUCGGAGAGUAUAAUGCCCCACCGGUACCUCCAGUUCCACCUGUCCCAGUGGUUACCCAACGGUCGGAAAAACUCCCAGAUCCUGAAGUAUUUAGGGGAGAUCGCGAUCGGGAAAGACUACACCUAUUCAAGCAACAGAUGAGGAUCAAGCUAUUGGGAAAUGCCGACCGCUUCCCCACACUACAGUCUAAGUUAUCCAAUGCAUUCAGCCGAUUGAAGGGUGUUGCCGCCAAUCAGUUCUUACAAUAUGUUGGAGAAGAAGGCAUCGCUUUGCCGUCCAUGUUACGGUUUUAUGAAAUCUUGGAUACUGCUUUUGGGGACCCUGAUCGAAUGCGUACGGCUAGGAGGAAUCUUAGGAACAUCCGUCAACGAAACCGAACCUUUGCUGAUUACUUUGCCGAAUUUCAACGGUAUGCUGCCGAGUCAGGGAUGGAUGAAGUCUCUAGGAUUGAGGCUUUGAUGGAAGGCAUUAACGCGGAACUCGAUGAAUCAAUGAUACACCAUGAAACUCCUACGAUGGUAGAUGCAUGUGCGACAGUCUUGCAGCGGUUAGAUAAUCGACGACGAACGGGAGAGGCUAAGCGAGGAAAUAAAAAGCCUUGGAAUGCUACUGCUGCUCCGACCCCUCGCCCCCCACCGGGGAAUCCUGCCCCUAUUCCUCGCACUGCCGCCCCAGCUGUCAAUGCACCUGUCCCUGACAACCAUCCCUCGUUCCGCCCGGGAGGUGAUGUACCGAUGGAUCUGUCAGGGGUACGUCGUCGCCCCACCCCUACCGAAAGAAAUGCCCGCUUAACUGAGUGCCUGUAA